AAACAGUUAGUGUCUUGUUCACAAAUUUCACCUAGAGUGAAUAAAUGUUUAUAAGUAGUUUAUCAUUUGAAAAUUGUUGAUUAUAAAAUAACAGUAGAAUGUCGUACAGGGAUUUGAGAAAUUUCAGCGAAGCCAUGCGCACCCUGGGCUUCCCCCGCCCUAUAUCCCUGGAGAGUUUCCGGAGCCCCAACUGGGAGCUGGUGGAAGAGUGCCUGCGCUGGUUGGCGGCGAGGGUAGAACCUGAUGCGACCCUGGCGGGCGGGCGGGAGACCAUGGAGCAGAGAGUUGCUUUGGUUACCCAUGCCGUGGCGCUAUUUCACUCCAGAGCAAACUUAAGACUGAACGGCAAGAAGAUGUACGGCGCCGACGGGUGGGCGGCACGGGAGUUGCUCAAAGUGGCCACGCUGCUGCGAGCGGCGCUGGAGUCGCCGCCGCCUGACGACCAGCAGGCGGAUCUUGGGGUUCUCAACUAUGACGUCAGCUCUCGGUUGGCAGAAAUCAAGCAAGCGCGAGGGCUUGCGACAGAAAUCACAGCUCAAGGGGCUUUUCUGUACGACCUGCUGGCGAAGGAGGCUGAGAAUAAGGAACUGCGCGAACAAGCCCUCGCGCGGCCUCUGGACAUGUCUGCCAUGGAGGCCUGUCUCCGCCGCGCCCUGGACGCGGUCGCAGCCAAGGUCUCCAGCGGGAAGGACCAGAUCGACAACGUGGCUGCCAGCGAGGCGGCCCUGGACGCUAAGCUCGAGAGGAGACGAGCGGAGCUGCAGCGAGCUGAGAAGAGGCUGCAUACGGUGCAGAAGAUCAAGCCGGCGUACCAAGGCGAGCUGACCGCAUUGGAAGGGGAGCUGGAGCAGCUUUGGGAGCAGUACGUGCUGCGGUACCGCUGCGUGGAGGCGCUCAAACACCAGCUGAGUCUGCUGGAGGCGGCACAGGCCGAGGCCGCCGAGGAGCAGCAGGCGGCCAUCAUGCAGCUGAUACACAAGUAUGAAGCUGAAGAUGUUCUGGGCAAAAUUAGCGACUCUGACGACAGUGAUUCGAGCGACGAGGGGAGGGAGAUGAGCGAGGCCCGCCCGCCGCGACCCUCCACCAGGCCCAACACCAGGCUGAGAAUCAAGACCGCUGGCGGCGCUGCGGAGAGCAGACGCGCAUUCGGCAGCAUGGCGGCGGCGCGCGACUCCCUGGACGAGAUCCGCGACGAGGACGACUCGAGGUCAGAUUCUGACCUCUCUGACACGCAGAUCUAUGGGGCGGCGGAGGUGCCCGCGCGUUGGUCUCGUCCGAGGCCGCGUCCCGCCACGAGGACGCUCAACACGGCUGAUGAUGAUGAGUUCGCCGACCUCAUUGAAGGUACGGACGUGGGUGGCGGCGCUCACUCUCUAGACAGCUCGUCGGAGAGCGAGCUCCGGCUCAGCAGCGGGCGGCCCGGCGCCGCGCACGGGCGCGCCUCCGCGCUCAGCGACAACGAGUUCUAAAGCGGAUGCGCAUGCGCAUGCCUUUAGUUUUGGGUUUUGUUUGUUUGUGGUAUGAAAUGAAAGUCGAUUUAUUAAAUUAUAUAAAUGUUUAUUCAAAUUCUACCACACUGUGGUUGCUUGUCUUGGUUCGUUUUUAAUUAAAAAUUACGUGAAAUAAAUAUAGUUUUGAUGUGUCACUAGAUAUCCCAAUUAAAAUAGUUAUAAUAAUAAAAUACAAUGUAGGGAUACGCUAAGGUAUACAUGAUUAUUUAAUAAUUUUAUGUACAAAAUAAGUAUAAUUUUAGCGUAUGUACA